GUGGUUAAAAUGUCAAAAUACAAAACUCUUACAGACAAGUAGAAAGUUCGAAUAUUUCCAUGGGUUUGUGGACUGGUCCAUUUCAAUUAUGAAAGCAGGAAAUCCUGAAUCAAAGGGGAUAUCUAUUUUGUGACAAUACAUUGGAACUUUUCUGUAGCCUUUAUCGAUAAAUAGUUGCCAUAAAAUAUUCGUUUGAAGGUGUUAAAAUAACACUUUUGAGAAAUGGUUAUAGCUAACAUGUAUAUGAGAUCAAUAAGAGGGAUUUAAAUGACGUUCUUUAUUUAAUUAACAGAUCAGAAAUAAUGAGAGCAUGAAUUAUUUGAAAAUGUCAUCCUCUCAUUGAGAGUAACUAGUCAUACUGGAGGAUGGUAGUCACAAGCUACACUAAAUAAUAGACUAGAAAAGCCACUCUCGGGGCACCAUGACAUUCCAUUCCAAUGACAGUACAGGUCAGCAGCCACCAACAGAGAGCAAAAUGGGACAAAAACAGUGUGUAACAAAGGCAGGACCCUUUGGGCUCUUUGUAAAAUGGUUUGUCCUUUUUUAGAUGUUUGGUCUGAUUCUGCAACAGACAUUGGCAGUUCUGAAAGUUCUUCUCUCCAUUUGUCAUUGGUCUGUGUGGGAAAUCCUCCAUUGUAACAAACAUCACACCUUGGGCAAUGUUCUGGUCCAUUAUGACAUGAGGAAGGAACUCCAUCCAAAGAACUCAAUGCUGAAGAUCUAUGGCUGUCUCCUUUCACAUUGAUGACAUGAGUAUUUCUCACACCACCACACAAUCCAUGUGUUGAUGUUUUCUGCAGAGAGAGGUUGCUGAAGAGAAAAUCAAGUUUUUAUGAGCACUGGCCUGACUCAACACCUUUUAUUAUACAAUCUACACUCCACCCUGUACCAACCAUACAGGAUAGAUAUAUUUGGAUACAACCACUAUUCCAGCUAAAGUCCAGGCCUACCUGCUUUCGAUGUUCUUUCCUUGCCUUGUCUUUAAUUGCAAAGUCCUAUUACAGCAUGGCCUUAGCUCCUGGACGCCAGGUAGGGCUCUUGCACAGGUAGGACUCUUGUCUGGAAGGAACAGUGCUAUAACCCCAUCCUUGGUAAUUGCAACACAUCCAUAUCUGCCCUUACUGUUUAACUGGACUCCGCAUGGUUGUGCUUUAGGGAAACGUGCAACUUCUGAAGCAGGUAAUGGUCUUUGUUGCUCCGAAUCAGAGGUCUCUCGCCGUAGUUCACGAUGCAUUAAUUUAGCAGACAAUCCAUUGGGCAACAUUUCAACCUCUGCAUGUUGACCAUCGAAGCCUGGCAGUUUUCUUCUGACUUUCUACAAUAUUAAAUAUCAUAGAUGAAGUUAAGCAAAGUACUUUACUAAUUUAUAAAGUAAAGUAUUCACAAAAUGCAUUAUUUGCAUCAAUGACGUCACGUGAGUCUGCACACAUUUGCACUAACCCUUAUUUUCUUUGAGACGCCAUGUCCUCUGUGUCUGCAAUGAUCGCACAUUUUUAGUUAUCUUACAAGCGCUAAAUUGAUUACACAAAUUCUGAAUUUGUGAAAUACUGCUUAUUACAGAUUAGUGCAGUGGCUGAACGUCUGUUUUCGCAAUGUAAACGGACAGCGGACUAGUCUUGCUUGUCCGAAGCAGCUCCUGUGUGGAGCGCACUGUCGCGUAGCGCAACUGGCUGUUCAACCAAAGGCAAAAAGGUUGUCGAUUGUCGUACGAUGACGUCACGUGAGCGUAAAGAUCGAAACAUCGUUCUAGCCUAGCAACGUUAAAUUGAAACUUUUACACUGGUCUCUCAGAAAUUUGGAUGAACUUGGAGAGAAAAAACGUUGUCUCAAAUGCCAAAAUAAAUCCAUGAGCCUAUCUGCAUGCAAAAAUGGCUUUCCUACACACCGAAUCCAAUUCAGAAAUCAGCAAUAUGACGUCUGAUAAUGACACCAGCCUCAUGCCCUGGAUUAUUUUAAGUGACCAGAGUCAACCAGGGAUCAUACUCACUGUGUUUGGAGCAUGUCUCUUUGGAGCUGUUGUCAGAACCCUCUUGCAGACUCUGAAGCUGCCAUAUACUGUACUAUUAGCCCUUUGUGGGAUGUUACUAGGAACACUCAGUUUCCAGUAUCCAGAGGUCAGUUAUUACACAAAGGAGAUUGCACACAUCAGCCCCAAACUGUUGAUUCACACGUUUAUGCCAGUGUUGAUAUUCAGUAGUGCCUUCGAAAUCGAAUCCCACAUCUUUUGGAAAUCUUUAAUACAGGUACUACUGCUGGCAAUACCUGGAUUUUUGCUCAGUUCUUCUAUGAUUGCAUUGCUAGUUGUGAAAGUGUAUGCUUACAACUGGGACUGGUAUGUUGGCAUGAUGUUUGGAGCCAUUGUAAGCACCAUUGACCCUUUCAUAUCAACGGCUUUGUUACGCAGUCUCGGAACAGCCAAACCCCUCAUACUUCUGAUAGAGGGAGAGUCAUUGUUCAGUGAUGGCGCCUCUAUCAUUACAUUUGAUGCAUUCAAAGACCUUGCCACUGAUCUUAGUCAUUUUGAAGCAACAACUUUCACCAUCAAGCUGAUAUUGAAAGUGUUCGGGAGCCCUCUUUUAGGGUUCAUCAUGUCUAAGAUCAUUAUGUUUUGGCUGUCCUACAUCUUCAACGAUGGACUGAUUGAAAUAACCAUCAGCCUGGCAAUGACGUACAUCACAUUUUACUUCGCUGAAUGGCUAGGCAUGUCUGGGGUCAUAGCUGUCCUCAUUAUGGGGCUUCUCUUGGACACUGUCAACUUCAGCCCAGAAAUUGAAGUGUUUCUUUUACGGUUCUGGGAGAUGCUGACCUAUUUGGCCAACACCUUAAUUUUCUUCAUUGUUGGUAUUGUGGUAGCCAGAGCAUUUCAACAUGUGGGCGUCAACGAUUUUUUCAACAUUGUAGUGCUCUACUUUGCUAUGUACAUCAUAAGACUUGUGACUGUUAUUGCACUGUCACCCUUCCUGGUACGCACUGGCUAUGGCUUCAGCUGGCGGUGGGCAGCAGUCUGUGUCUGGGGAGGGACCAAAGGGGCCUUUUGUCUAAGUCUUACACUCAUGGCUUUUCAAUCAGACGAUUUGGACGAAGAGCAAGUGAGAGAAAAGAUUUUGGUCCUGUCUUCUGGAAUGGUGGUCCUAACACUUCUUAUCAAUGCAUCAUCGAUGACUUGGUUCCUUAGACUAUUAGGCCUGUAUGAUGUGUCUGUGCCCAGGCGCAUGGCCAUGUAUAGUGCGGUGCAGCGGGUGCGGGAGAGCUCGCAGAACACUUUCAGUUUGUUGAAGAUUGACAGGUUUUUAGCAGAUGCUAACUGGGAAAUGGCAGAGCAGAGAGUCCUCAUAGAGGACCCCUAUAAAACACCCAAUGAAAAGGUUAGCAUUGAAGAGUUCUCUCCCACAGCCAGGAUGACUAAGUGCCCAGACUGUGACAGGGACAUUCCCUAUGCACCGUCACCACAGGAGCUGGAGGACAUGAUGGAGGAGGCUCGCAUGCGCAUCCUGAAGGCUCAGAAGACAAGCUACUGGAAGCAGUACAGCGCUGGAAUGCUGAACCGAGAGGCAGCUAGGACCCUGAUCAAUACAGCUGAGAACAUGACAGACCACAAGGGAAAGUUCAUGAGUGUUCAGGAUGUCAAGAAAUACUGGGAGCUGAAAGGUGUUUUUGUGUCUCUUCGGAGGAGUCUAGAGGACUGGCUGUACAAUGUCAAGCUUGAUAAACUUAAACCAUCAAGGAAUGCGAUGCUCAAGUGGUGCUACCAGGUUGUCUUCAGCCUCCCCUUUGAGUAUUUCAUCUACGCAUUGAUUGUCCUCAACAUCUUCCCCAUCAUCCUAGAGUUCAUCCCAGCGAUCAGUGAGAAACAUAACCUAGAACUCAGUGUUAUCAACUACAUCUUCUUCAGCGGCUAUCUUGUGGAGGCUAUACUGAAGGCUUUGGCCAUGAGGAAGGCCUAUAUCUUCAAUCACUGGAACCAGUUUGACCUCUUCAUAAUCAUCUUGGCUUGUGUUGACAUAUUCCUGGACCAUUAUUUAGAAACCACAGCAUAUGUUGUCAAUAUUCACAUGAUAAAAAUUGUGAAGGUGUCUAAAAUGAUCCGCCUUACCAGGGCACUUCGUUUGGUGAAGAUCAUCAUUCCCAAGCUCAUAGAAAUCAUAAACCGUCAGAUCCAUAAGCAGCUCAGUUUUGGGUAUGACAUCGGGAAAGGCUAUGUCAUCGGAGAGGAGCACAUAAGCAAGAUCAUUGACCAUAUCUCUGAUGACAAAAGCAUAUCGAAGAAAUUGAAAAGCAUACUGGAGAGAAACUGCCAGCAAGCUGUCAGGGAGAUUGGCUUGCUGCAGAGAGACCAUCCUGAGAUUGCCAUCUCGGUGAAGACCAGACAGGCCAUACGAGCCGUGCUGAACAGUGAGAGAGACGCCAUCCAUACACUCGUGUCCGGGGGGCUCUUAGAUGACAUAGAAGCAUCAAAGCUGGAGAAGAUGAUUGAAAUAAAAAUGAAGAAAUUGAUCAAAUUUCCACCAACAAUCCCAGCAGCAACAGCAGAGGAGCUUCUGCAGAAUUUGCCUUGGCUGAACAAAGACAGCACCCAGAUUCAGUUCAUCAAGACAGUGGCCAAGCUUCUUUUCUUUGACUUUGGAGACACCAUCAUACAAGAAAAUGAUGACCCUCAAGGAAUACACUUGAUUGUCUCUGGCCUGGUUAAGAUGACUGGAGGAAGCCCAAACCUUGGAGGCAAGUGGCCCAAGGAGAAGACCAGACUGACAGACUACAGGAGCUGCGGGGCCAUCAUGGGAGAACUCAACUGUCUCACCCAGCAGUCUAUGGAGAUGACGGUCACCUGUGAGACAGCCACUCAGACCUGCUUCAUUGCUAUCGAAUCCCUGUUUGAGGCGUUUGAUGUUUUCCCCGAGUUCCCGUCUCUGGAGUAUAUGAUCUGGCGCUCCCUGGCAGUGAAAAUCAGCACCAGCACCUUCAUGGAGCACAUUAUCUAUCAGGGCUGGAGUUACCACAGGAUUUGUUCUCAUCUGGCCCGGGCCUAUCUGGUAGACGUGGAGGUGAACAGGAAGUUUGACGUGUACGACGGCACCAUGGAGGACGUGGUGGUGAUCUAUGGGAGUUGUGAUGACCUGGCGUCCCAGUGCUCCUACAACGCCCCAGCUCUCAUCAGCAGGACUACUCACCAGGUACUGGGCACAGCAAACACCACCAAACUGUUGAUCGUGCCAAGUGAGCAUUCUGAAAUGAAGCGGACCGUCUCAGAGCUUCCAAGACUGGACAGUGUUCCCUGUCUGAGACAUGCAGCUCAUCGUAGAGCAUCUAGAGAUGAUCGAUUAGGGCUGCUGAGAACAGUAAGCGUGACGUCUGAGGAGGGUUCUCCAAAGAGAAGUUGUUCAUCACUUGAGAAGGCCACGUGAUGAUAGGGUAUGACUGUGCAGCUGCUGGCCAUACAGGCCCAGACACAACCUGCCAGGCAACCUGAAUCUGUAAAACUUAUAUAAGAAAAUAUUUUUUUUCAAAUGUAUCAUACUGAUUUAAUAUUAAACAUAU